AUGGUUGCAGACGGCACUUCGGAUCGUACCAACAUGGCCUACGACACCGCUGGGAACAGGGUCUCCGUGCCUGUUCUGAUUGUUGGUGGAGGGCCGAGUGGUCUUCUUCUCGCCUAUCUUCUUUCGAAGCAAGGGGUCAAGUCUCUCGUGGUAGAGAAGUAUCCUCAGAGACUAGCUGCCCCGAAAGCCCAUGCGUUAUGCCCCCGGAGUUUCGAGAUCUGCCGCCAAUUCGACCUUGAUACUGCGGCGAUGCGAAAACUGGGUUCUCCAAGGGCAGAUGCAUUUUGGGUCAACUUCCUCACCAAUCUGACGGGAGAACGCAUUGGCGUGCUCCCUUAUGAGCGAAUGGAUGUCGAUGUUCUUAACGAUACGCCUGAGAUGAUCCAUAAUAUUCCACAACCAGACUUUGAACAGUUCCUGUUCAGGUGUCUAGAGAAAGACCCCAACGUAGAAAUACGGAAAGGGGCCGCGUUUGUGUCUUCCCAUCAACAUGAUGACACUGUGACGAGCGUUCUAGAAAUGCGCGAGUCGAAACAGCAAAUCGAAGUGCAGUCAAGACAUGUAGUUGGCUGUGAUGGGGCUAAGAGUCAGGUUCGCAAGUUCCUUGGAGUUGAAUGCGAAGGCGAAGACAGUUAUGAGACGAUGAUGACGAUUCAUAUCAAUGCGGAUCUACGUCCUUUGGUAAAAGACCAAGUUGGCAUUCUCCAUUGGAUAAUGGACCCGGCUUGCUCAGGCUUCAUUAUUGCUUAUGAUCUGUCCGGAAAUCAGGUGCUUAUCAGCAACUUUGAUUCGACGAAGCACCCUGUAGAGACCUGGACCGAAGAGCUUAGCCGAAGUGUUGUCACAGCAGCGAUAGGCGCUGAUGUAUCAUUCAAAGUACUAAGCUACAGGCCAUGGAUACUCAGCCGGAAGGUUGCAAAUCAGUAUAGAGUUGGAAACAUCUUUCUUGCUGGUGAUGCAGCCCACUCGUUCCCUCCUACCGGAGGUUUGGGACUGAAUACUGGAAUAGCUGAUGUGCACAACUUGGCUUACAAGCUCGCAGCGGUCCAUCAAGGUUGGGCUAGCCCACGUCUCUUGGAUUCUUAUCAAGAGGAGCGAAGGCCAAUUGCUCUGAUUAACGCGGCUCAGAGCGUGAAGAAUGGGACAGAAAUCUUGUCCUUUCUCAAAACCUUGGGCACCGCCGGAAUUGAUGACGUGGAGCAAGCACGCGAUAAUUUGAUGAAAUCAAUUCACGAUCCAGCAAAGCAAAGUAUGAUUCAGCAGGGAGUUGAAGGACAGCGAGAGCAUUUUGACAACCUCGAGCUCCAUAUAGGUUAUGUCUACGGAAGCAAGGAGAAGCCGGCUCACGCUUCUUUCUAUAAGCCAAAGUUUACAUCAGGCGCCCGCCUUCCCCAUGCCUGGAUCAAAUUCAAAGUAUCUAGGUGCCCGGAAAGCUUCAGGGAUGUGGACUUGUCUUACAUCAAAGAAUGGUCGAAGGAAGAUGUAGCAAAUCGGAAGGCCUCGACAUUAGACUUGUGUUCUUUCGACUCAUUCACCUUGAUCGUGGGGUCGCGGCAGAACUGGGAAACAACCUUCCACCAGGUUGCAGCGGAUUUGAAAGACCGCAACAUUCGGAUACAGCUGUGGGCAUCUGGUACAGAUUUUGAUUUUGUUUUCUCCCCUCACAAGCAACUGUUUGAUCAUCAAGCUGGGCUUCAAAGCGGGGGUGCCGUUCUUCUCCGGCCAGAUCAACACAUUCUUGCGAUGUUGGAGGCGCACGAGAGUAGCUCUGAUAUAGAGCAACUCAUUUACAAUCAUCUAGGUCUUCAUUAA